ACCCAGCCCAUUCUACUUUCGUCUUCUUCCUGUCUUCAGAAUCUGCAAUUCCUCUCUGCUGCUUCUCUUUCAUAAGAUGCCGGCUGCUAGUCUCAAUAUGUCUGAUCGAGACACAGAACCAUUUAUUGAGGUUGAUCCUACUGGACGAUUUGGGCGGUACAGUGAUCUGCUUGGUUCUGGUGCUGUAAAGAAGGUUUAUAGGGCGUUUGAUCAAGAGGAAGGCAUAGAGGUGGCGUGGAAUCAAGUGAGGUUGAGUAAAUUUAGUGACGAUCCAGUGUUCAUUAAUAGGCUUCAGUCUGAAGUUCAGUUGCUGAGAACAUUGAAGAAUAAGAAUAUCAUUGUCUGCUAUAGUGUUUGGAAAGAUGAUGAGCAUAACACGUUGAAUUUUAUCACUGAGGUUUGCACAUCAGGAAACCUGAGAACUUAUAGGAAGAAGCAUCGCCAUGUGUCAAUUAAAGCAUUGAAGAAGUGGUCAAAGCAAGUACUUGAAGGAUUGGAGUAUCUCCACACACAUGAACCAUGCAUUAUUCAUAGAGACCUCAACUGCAGCAACAUUUUCAUCAAUGGGAACAUUGGGCAGGUGAAAAUUGGCGACUUGGGACUCGCAGCAAUAGUGGGGAAAAGCCAUGCUGCGCACUCAAUCAUAGGUACACCAGAGUAUAUGGCACCGGAGCUGUAUGAAGAAGAUUACACUGAAAUGGUUGACGUAUACUCUUUUGCAAUGUGCUUACUUGAGAUGGUUACAAUGGAGAUACCCUACAGUGAAUGCGAUAGCAUUGCUAAGAUAUACAAGAAGGUGACAUCUGGAGUUUUGCCCCAAGCCCUGAACACUGUGACAGAUCCAGAAUUGAGGGCAUUCAUUGAGAAGUGCAUAGCCCAGCCAAGAGCAAGACCAUCAGCCUCUGAUCUUGUCAAGGACCCCUUCUUUUCUGACCUCAACAGUGAUGAGACCGAUGCAGCUUCUUGCUGAUGGUACUUCAAGUAAACUGGUAGCCAGUUGAUCUCUUUUCUGUAGUGAGAGACCUUUUUUUGUUUUUGUUUUUUUUUUUUUUUGAUAGAAAUCCAUUAAUUUUGCUUUCCGUUCUCUUUGCUAAUCCUUCACUUUGACCUCCAUAAUGCUGCACAUAAAGAGUACAUUGACAUUUGAGGUGAAGAGAGGACUUUUCUUAUUGAAAAUAAUACUCUGUAUUGAACUUAAUCGGCCUACGCUAUUCGUUUAUUUGUAAAGAGUGCCCAAAUCGUUUUACCAAUUUCUGUUGUAAAGCACAUUUGAAACCACUAUU